CUCGUCCUCCUGUUUUGUCUCGGAGCAGAGGAAAGAUGCUGGUAUAAAGAAGCUGCACACAUGGAUGGAUGGAUAUGAAUAAUUUGGACGUAAACUAUGGAUAGGCCUGUGUUUGGGUUUAAGGAGCACCACUAUGCUUUUACUGGUGUUAACGUUGAUGGUUCCCACAGUCACAAACGCUCUGGAGGUCAUUGGAGGAAGAUCGACAACGGUGCAGGGAGGAGCAGCUGUCCUCCACUGUAAACUCAUUGGUACCACAGAGACCCUCACACAGAUUUCAUGGCAGAGAUUGACCAGAGGAAAACCUCGGACGGACAAUUUCUAUACAAUCUCGUCCCAUUAUGGACCACGCUCUGUCAAUGGCCGUGAUGAUCGGUUUAGGUUCAUUGGGAGUUUUACAGAUAAAGAGGGUACUCUCCAGUUAUCGAAUGUCACACUGAUGGAUGAAGGCACCUACACAUGUGUGUUCACUUUGUUCCCCAGCGGGAUCCAUGAGACAGCGAUACCUCUUAUAGUUCCUGUGCCUCCGGUCACAAGCCUGAAGGAUGCUCAUCCUGCUUUGGGUAACGACGAGGUCCCUCUUAUUACCUGCACGGCUGCUGGUUCCAAACCUCCUGCAGAGGUGAGGUGGCUCACUGGUACUCUGGGAGAGAAAGUGAGGCCGUCAACCAACUCCAGCCUUCAUGCUAACGGUACGACUACCACAGUCAGCUGGCUGUUUGGAGUGCCUACCAGAGAACUCAACGAUCGUUCAGUCCAGUGUGUCAUCACCAGUCCUGCUCUAGAGAGAGAAGAAACCCUGACCUCCACCAUACAUAUCCACUCUCCUCCUCUGGAAGUGAAUAUCACUGAAAGGUCGGCACACUCCUUUGAAUGUCUCACAGAGGCAUAUCCAGCUGCGAGCUUUACUUGGACGAGAUCUGACCGGUCGUGGCCUCAGUCCGGGGUCCGAGUUGAUGGUUCAACGCUGCAGUUUCUGAGCAUCACCUCCGAGCUGAACGGCCUCUACCAGUGCGAGGCGUCGAACUCGUAUGGGAGUAAACAUGCUUACCUCCGUGUGCAUUUCACCUCAGGAUCCUGCACUGCCAGUUGGACCCUUUUUGUUCUUCUGCUCGUCCUCGUUGUUGCUGCUGUCUUGUGUUGCUUCUAUAAAACGUAUGGAAAUUGCAAG